GUUUAUUUACUGAAAAAAAUCCAAAUUCAAUACUUAAAAUUAAUUGCCUUUUGUAAAAAUAUUCUAAAUUUUUCUAAUUUCGGAAUGUUCAGAAAUCUAAAAUAUGUGAAGUCGCUGCAACGGCCUUUGAUUAGGGUGUUACAUAUAAAAUCACCAUUACAAAGUUCUUCCUCAUUGAAAGGAAUCGUGAGCAGUGUCAAAAGUAAUGUUGAACUUCCGAGAGAAGUCCCAUACAUAAUAGAUGGUCAGAAUUAUAGGUAUAAAGAAGGAAGCAUAUACCACGGAUUCCUUUGUGAACGCAUUGAACCCAUUGCGGACUUUGGACUCAUGUCGUGCACCUUGAGACAUCUUGGCACAGGCACGGAGUUUUGGCAUCUCGAUAGUCGCGAUAUUCAAAAUGUAUUUUCAAUUCAUUUUCGCACUAAACCAUUGGAUUCAUCAGGUCUGCCUCAUGUUUUGGAGCAUCUCGUUUUGUGCGGCUCAAAAAAUUGGCCAGUUCGAGAUCUUUUUUUUAAAAUGAUCAUUCGAUCAGUUGCUACUUUUACGAACGCUAUGACUGGACCAGAUUACACAAUGUACCAUUUUUCAUCAAAGAACGAGAUCGACUUCAGAAACAUGCAACAAGUUUACUUGGAUGCUGUAUUCAGACCCAACUUGUUGUUUAUGGACUUUUUGCAAGAAGGUUGGCGUCUAGAGCACAAAAAUAUUCAUGACCAGAACUCAGAUAUUGUAAUUAAAGGAGUAGUCUAUAAUGAAAUGAUAGGAUCCUUUGGGGAUAAUUCAAGGUUUUUCAAACAAAAGAUGCUUAAUUAUCUUCUGCCUAAUAACUCAUAUGGACACAUAGCGACGGGCACCCAACUUGAAAUCCCAAAUGUGGAACACGAAGAUCUGAUCAAAUACCAUAGAAAAUAUUAUCAUCCGAGUAAUGCACGCAUAUUUUCCUAUGGCUCUUUUGAUAUGAAGAAGACACUUGAAUUUAUCGAUAAGGAAUAUCUAUCCCACUAUGAUCGUAUAGAUACAUCGUUCAGUAGCACACCUUCAGAAGAUCGUUGGUCUAAACCCCGUUAUGCAUCUAUUCAGGGUAGACCAGACUCCAGUAUUAAUUUGGACCACCAAAACCGAGUAGGAAUCGCCAUGCUGAUGUGUGAUGUAACCGACAUCCAAGAGAAUUUUGAACUGAAAGUACUUUCCGAAUUGUUGUUUCGUGGGCCCAAUUCUCCAUUCCAUAAGAGUAUGAUAAAACCUAACUUCUCUGGCGGUUACACCAAAUGGACAGGAUAUUUGCCAACUUGCAGAGACACUUAUUUUAAUGUAGGAUUGCAAGAUGUUGCGGACGAUGAUGUGGAAUUAUUCGAGGUUCUUUUCGACGAUACAGUGUAUAAAGCUAGCAGAGAAGGCUUUGAUUCGAAGCAUGUCGAAGCUAUUCUUAGUGCUCUCGAGCUGCUCCGCAAACAACAAAGCGAAUACAAGCGUCUGUUAUAUAAAUCCACGGUAUUGUGGAAUCAUGAUGGUGAUGUUGUAUCAAAUUUACGAAUAUCUGACAUGUUUGAAACACUAAGAGACAGAUUAAAAAAUAAUCCUAAGUAUUUCGAGCAAAAAAUAGAAAAAUACUUCAUUAAUAAUAAGCAUAAGCUCACAAUAACCAUGCGGCCAAAUGAGUUCCAUGAGAUUGAGAGGCAACAAGCUGAAGCAAAAUUAAUUCUAAGAAAACUUGAGGGAACUAGCGACCAAGAUUUUGAAAAGAUCUAUGAAAAUGGCCUCAAACUUGAGGCAUUCCAAAAAGCACCUCAAAAUAUUGAAGUUUUGCCGUGUUUAUCAAUCAACGAUGUGCAAAAACCUUUUCCGCGACCACAAAUAAACGAAUUAACCCUUCGUGGUGUCUCCACAAUGAUUAACCAUGAGCCCAUAGCGGGGAUAACCUACCUCAAGUGCAUGUUCAAUACCACUGGAUUGAGUCUGAACGAUGCGAUUCUCUUGCCAUUAUUCUGUAGAGUGUUCAGUGAAAUGGGAUCUUCCAAUCACGACCACCGCCAAUUCGACAAUCUUCUUCUAUCAAAAAUGGCACGUGUAGAGUGUACGGCUAAAAUCGUGGAGAACGUUACGGAUUGUAAGACUUAUCGCCUGGGGCUCCUAAUGAAGACAUAUGCUCUUGACAAAAAUGUAUGUGAUAUGUUUCGCAUUUGUGAAGACUUGUUGCUCAACUUUCAGUUUGAAGAUACGGAACUGCUCAAAAUUCUUAUAAGAAAUUAUAUUUCGAAGUUAAAAUUAGAAGUUAAAAAAACUGGAGACUUGCAUGCCAUGCUAUGUUCCUCUGCAUUGGUAACCAACGCAGCCCAAUUGAAGUCAUUGUUAUCAGGAGUUGACCACAUACAUUAUAUGAAGAAGUAUGUCAAGGAGAAUAGUAUUGAGGCCAUUCGAGACAGUCUAAAGAGUAUUGGAUCUAAGAUAUUUAGCAGAAGUAAUUUGCGUGUUGCAAUUAAUACAUCGGAGAAUAAUGUAUUUAACGUUUUGGGCGACUAUGAAAGAUUUUUAACCCAUUUACCUACAAUAAAGCAGACUGUAGAUUCUAAGGAAAUAUUCCUGCUGGAACCAUCUUUCCGCUACUACAAUAUAGAUAUGCCUAUAAGCUUUUGUGCAAAGACAUUCUUUGCAGUUCCUUACGCGCAUGAGGAUCAUCCUGCUCUACGAGUAUUGGCAAAAUUCCUCACUUCCAAAUAUUUGUGGCCUGUGGUGCGGGAGAAAAACGGAGCAUAUGGUGCUGGCGCCAGGAUAGGAUUUGAUGGGCUCUUUAAUGUUCACAGCUAUCGUGAUCCUAAUGCUGCAAAAACAAUGGACAUUUUUGACAAGACCUACGAAUGGCUGCAAACACAUAGGGACAAACUCGAUGAGCAAUCGCUUUUUGAGGCUAAACUUGCCGCGUUGCAGCUCGUGGAUUGGCCGAUUAGUGCAGGCGAAGUCGGCUUAGACAGCUUCGUCUUGGGUGCUACGUAUGAUAUUUAUUUGCAAUAUCGCAGUCGUGUAUUGGCUGUAACUCUGGAUGAUGUCCAAAAUAUCAUUGAGAAAUACUAUAGGAACGAACCGAAGCACUUUGGAAAAUGUAUUUUAGGACCAAAAUCAAAAGUAAUAGAAGUUAAAGAAAUGUUUAAGGAUGUUAAUGUAAAAGUAUAAAAGUAUAAUUGUUGAGGCUCAAUUGAGUCAAUAAAAAUUGUACGUACUCGUAGUCAUAUUUCGAUCUGCCAAGAUAUGGAAUGCAGAAUUUGUUGCAAUAUUGUGGUCCACUUUGGUUGAUCUGUU